CAGCCAGCUGUCUGACAGCUUCGGGGGGGGAGGGGGAGGAGGCAGUUGCCGAAGUGAAAACGAAUCCAACAGAGAACAUGCUCAAAAAAUAAUACCCCACUCACCCCAAGUGGCCCCGGGACGUUCUGUGCAAAUGCUUUUGAAAAUUCAAUAAUAAUUUCUUUCCUCUUUAUGCAAUAGAUUUUCCUCGGGGCCGGCAGACCACCUGGCGUAUUGCAAAAUAAAAACCAAAAGGACUUCAGGAAAUCAGAGACGAAGAUUGGAAUUGUUGGAAAAGCUCGGCAGGAUCUGGCAGCUCUGUCUGCGCGACCAGAACUGGACACAGUGCUUCAGAAGAGGCCUCACCAACAUCCUGUACAACCUCAACAUAACAUCCCAACUCCUACACUCAGAAGAUGAGCAAUGAAGGGCAAAACAGAAAGGCCCGAAUCCUCCCCCUGAAGACUAGCCUAUGGCUUACUCGGAAGACCAUUGAUGACCCAGAAACAUGACGACUUAAGGCGGGAGACAAAGCAGAGAGGAAUUUCUAGUUCCACAAUGGGCACAUCAGCAGGUUUUGUUGGAAGCAAUUUCAAUUGCACUAGCCCUCCCUUGCCCAUCAAUGUCGGAUAUUUUGUUGCUGAGGUAUUAACGGCAUUCCUUGCUGUUUUCGGGAAUGUCUUCAUCUGCUUUGUUGUUGCCAGGAACAGGAAAUUAAGGACAGCAACAAAUUACUUCCUGGUGUCCCUGGCUGUGGCGGACAUAUUGGUCGGGGCAGUUGCUAUCCCAUGCGCUCUACUGACGGACAUUGGCCUCCCCCAGUGUAGUUACUACCUCUGCGUCCUCAUGCUCUGCACGCUGCUGGUCCUCACCCAGGCGUCCAUCUUCGGUAUGGUCACCAUCGCAGUGGAGCGCUACAUCGCCAUCCUGAGGCCAUUCCGUUACCCGGUCCUGGUAACCCCCAGGAACACCGGCCUCGCCAUCGGCGUGGUGUGGGUGCUGGCCGUGGUCAUUGGGCUGGUGCCCCUGAUGGGAUGGCGCAAGGCGCGUAUCGCUGAGGGGGGCUGCUUCUUCGACAGCAUCAUCGAUGAGAGCUACAUGGUAUACUUCAACUUUCUCGGCUGCACCCUACUGCCGCUCCUCGCCAUGUUCAUCAUCUACGCCAAGAUAUUCUUCGAGGUGAAGCGGCAGAUCCGACGCAUAGCUGAGAGGCACGUUGGCAUCAGUGCAGAGGAGAAACGGAGGAAGAUUAUCUGCCGGGAGCUCCAGACGGCUAUGUCUCUCUUCAUCGUCCUUUUCUGCUUCACCCUGAGCUGGAUUCCGAUACACAUCCUGCACUGCAUCAAACUGUACUGCCCAGACUGCGAUGUCACCACGUCUGUGAUGCUAACCAUGGUUAUUUUGUCCCACUUUAACUCAGUGAUCAACCCCGUCAUCUAUGUUUUCAGGAUAAAGAGCUUCUGGGAAGCCUUCAAAGAGGCAUCCUCAUGCAUCCCCUACCCCGCACUCUUUGGGAAGUAUUCCAACACGAAUUUGACCGUAAUGAUUAAAACUGAGUCUUUCGGGAACCAGAACAAUGCCUUGCCAGGGCUUUAGGAUUGGUGAGAAACUAACGCCAAGGUCCUGUUGGGUUGGCAUGUAGCCUGGCACCCUCUCUAAGCAUUUGCUGUUGCACCAAUGCUGUUUCAGUUGAAUGAUGCAUUACUUGUGACACUCACAAGCCAUGAGUGCACAGAGGCCACACUGUACCUGGGUUAGACUUAUAGUUUCACGCAGCACAGAAAAGGCCCUUCGGCCCAUCGGGUCUGCACCGACGUAAACUACUGCUAAAAGUACGCAAAUCACAAUUUACUUGUCCCAUAUCCUCGAUUCCUUUAGACUGGGGACACUGAGCUGGGGGGGCGGUGUGUGUUGUGAAGAGGAUGCUGAGAGGCUUGGGCAGACUGAGUGGCAAAUGCAAUAAAUGUGAAGUCAUCCGCUUUUGUGGCAAAAGCAGGAAGGCAGAUUAUCAUCCGAAUAGUGGCAGUUUAGGAAUACAUGAGGUGCAUUGAGACCUGGGUGUCAUGCUGGAACAGUCGCUGAAGGUUGGAAUGCAGAUGGAGUAGGAGGUGAGGAAAGCUAAUGGCACGCUGCCUUCAUAGCGAGAGGAUUUGAGUAUCGGAGUAAGGACGUCUUGCUGCAGUUAUACAGAUCCUUGGUGAGGCCACACCUGGAGUAUUGUGUGCAGUUUUGGUCCCCUAGUCUGAGGAAGGACAUUCUUGCUAUUGAGGGAGUCCAGCGAAGGUUCACCAGACUGAUUCCCGGGAUGGCAGGAAUGACAUAUGACAAUAGACUCAAUCAACUGGGCUUGUACUCACUGGAAUUUAGAAGAAUUUGGCGGGGGGGGGGGGAGCGGUGGCGGUGAGGAUCUCUUAGAAAUGUAUAAAGUCCUGAUGGGACUGGACAGGCUAGGUGAGGGAAGAAUGUCCCAGUGUUGGGAGAGUCCAGAACUAGGGGUCACACUCUAAGAAUUAGGGAUAAGCCAUUCAGGGCUGAGAUGAGGAAGAAUUUCUUCACUCCCUGUGGAAUUCUCUCCCACAGGAAGCUGUUGGGGCCAGGUCUUAGAUAUAUUCAAGAGGGCGCUGGGCAUGGACCUUGCAGCUAAAGGGAUCAAGGGGUAUGGAGAGAAAGCGGGAAUGGGAUACUGAGAUUGCAUGGCCAGCCAUGAUCCUAUUGAGUGGGGAAUGGUAAGGUGGCUUUGUGGUAAGCGCUACUGCCUCACAGCUCCAGGGACCUGGGUUCAAUUCCACCCUCAGGUGACUGUGUAGGGUUUGCACAUUCUCCCCGUGUCUGUGUGAGUUCCCUCCCACACUCUGAAGAUGUGUUGGUUGGGGUGGAUUGGCCACACUAAAUUACCCAUAGUGUCCAGGGAUGUGUGGGUUAGCCUUGGGAAAUGCAGGGGUUAAGUUGGAGUAGGAUGUUCUUUGGAGGAUUGGUGUGGACUUGUUGGACCAAAUGGCCUGUUUCCAUUGUGUUGUAAUUCUAUGGAUGGUGGUAUAGACAUAAAGCCAACUCCUGCACCUAUUUUCUAUGUUAUUAAAUGUGACAAUCUAUUAUAAUUUGCUUCUGAUCUAGUUG